CUGAGAGUUCCGACAAAGACAAAAGGCUAUUGCGUGAAAACCACAUGUUGUGGGAAGAACUCGCCAAAUUAAGACUGGAAAUAGACACAAUAAAAAUUCAGACCCAGGAAAUGGAAAAAAAAUAUGUUGAGGACAUUGCCAUUGCCCAAGAAAAGAAUGCCUGUCUUCAAAAGACAUUAAGAGAAACAGUAUUUCAACACAAUGCACAGCUUGACGUUCUAAGAGCUGAGCUUAUCAAGCUCAAGUGUAAACUGGAGCAUGAACAAGAAAACAGAAUAAGACUUGAAGCAGAAGUUGAAUCCUACCGGUGUAGACUGGCUACUGCUGUAGAGGAUCAUGACCCUUGUCAGGCAUCCCAAAGAGACUUACCGUUUGCUUUCCAGAGAUCAAUAGAUGAAUGGUUUUCUUUAUUGGAGAAAAUGAAUUUGGAUAUGUCUAACGUGAGACAGAACAAUGAGAACCUUUUUCAACGACUUGCCGGAGUAGAAAGUAAAAGCAACACCUUAGAAACGGAGCUCCGCCACGUAAGAGAUUCUGUCCAGGAAAGGACAUUGGUUUCAGGGGGAGGAAGAGACCACAGUCAAAACCAGUGUGAAAAGGAGGACGUGGAACACGUGAAGCAAAGGGAACAAGGGGAAGUGGAUCAAGAUAGGGGAGAGCAGGAAUCCUUAGUGGAGAAGCUAUCUCUCAUACAAAAUGAAAUUGUGCUGAUUAGAAAGCAACUGAAUCAGGCUCCCAAUAACACUCACGGAGAAGAAAAGACAGUGAUUAACACCCAACAUCAGAUUCCACAUACCAGGAAAAUAUUUGAUCAUGAAAAUGAAAAUUAUGUGCUUAAGCUGCUUCAGAUGAUUAAGGAGAUAAUCAACGAAUGGGAACAUUUCAAAGAAAGAAGACUUCAGACUGAAAAGGAUAAGGGAGAAGGAGAUGAUGAUGAUCUUAUAGCAAAACUGCCACCGGCAUCUUCAAAUAAAGAAAAGACACCUCAACAGGAGUUCACAGUGAACGCACUUCUAAAGGAAUGUGAAGAACUAAAGGCUGAAAAAGACAAGUUGAAACAAAAGGUAGUAAAACUCAGAGCCUACAAGAUAAUGCAUAUGGCAGAAGAGUCUGAAAUGGAAAAGUAUAAAUUGAAGUUUGAAGCAACUGCAAAGGAUGUCGCCGACAAAGUGAAACUACUCGACUUAUAUUUACAGACACAAAGCAUCUCAAGAAAUCCCGGAGCGUUAACAUGUACUCGUAAUGCUACAAUAGGAAGUCAUUUGGAACUCAGAACUCCUCUUUCGCAAACUACUCAAGAUGAAAUCAGAAAGUGUAUUAGAAAUAUACAAGAAGAAUUGAAAUGGUGGAACUUAUUGGAAAGGAAAUGAACUUUAUAAGUCAAAUGGAGAAUCAGAGAAGACAAAUUUAACUCAGUAAUUAGCCUCUAAACUUAAAACAUAAUUACUGUUGUGCCAGGUUCAUGAGCUUAGUGGGGCGUGAAAGCUCACUAAAUAGUAUAACUUUGUCAAAUGAUGUGAGUAAAUAAAUUUACCAGUCAAAUGUUCUUCCA